AUGGGAGGUGCUGGUCCUAAAACUUACAUGGGUUGGUGGGGUUCCAUCGGGUCCCCUACCCAGAAAUACGUCACUUCGUACACCGUGUCUCCUUACGCAACCAGACCUUUGAAGGGUAACUUGUACAACUCUGUGUUCAACGUGUUCAGAAGAACCAAGAACCAGAUGGCUUACGUUUUGAUCCCAGGAAUUGUGUUCUGGAACAUCUGGGCUGUCGCCAGAGACUACAACGAGUACUUGUACACCAAGGCUGGCAGAGAGGAGUUGGAGAGAGUCAACGUUUAA